UUGACAGUGGCUUAUGAUGGCGUGAAAACGUUAACACAGCACGCCACGUUAAAGAAGCAUAAAGAUUCAGCAAGUGCAGCAGCCUUGUCUCAGCGAAUGAAUUCUUUCUUUACUCCAAAAGGCAGCGCGCAAAGUGGAAAAGUUAGCAUUGUCGAAUUGGUUGAACUCUAUCAUAGUAUUAAGCACCACAUUUCAUAUGUUGCUCAAGAUUGCUCUUUAAAAGUAUUAAAGCAAGUUAUUACCGAUUCAGAAAUCGUGAAACAAAUGACUGGAGGACACACUAAAUGCACUGCUUUGAUAAACCAAGUUUUAUAUCCAUAUUCAAUGGAUCUUGUGCAAGAGGGUUUAAAGAAUGAAGUUCCGUUCUCCAACGCUAUCGAUGCUGCUUAUAAAGGAAACAGAAAAUUCUUUCCAGUUGAGAUUCAAUAUUUUUCACCAAAAGACGGUAUUUGUCAUAAAAUUUUGGACUUUUACGAGGACUCAUUCGAAGAUUCACGACCUAUUAAAGAAAAAUUAUGA